AUGCUUGUCGGUAGCUCCCCACGGCUGUGCUUGUCUGAAGCCGGAACGACUCCGUGCGCGUCGGGUAACGACACCACCCCCAGCUUCGCCGGCAGUUCGCCGCUCCCCGGCCGCUUGUGGAUGUCCAGUGUUUCGGGUUGGAGGGAGGAGGGGUUCGGGGAGAUGGGUGUGAUGGUGUCAACUAAAUCAACGAUGAACGGAGUAGCGAUCUUCUUCUUCUGCUCUCAGAAACACAACGGACACACGGCUUCUUUUGGCCUCGUUUCACGAUGUGACAUGACCGAGGAGGAUUUACACCAAAAUCCCCAAUUCUGUAGACUCCUGGCCAGUCUUUCUCAUCAUGUGGAUAAAACUGGGCUCACUGCCUCAGUGAAAAAAGAGCUGGAAAAGGCUGAGCAGAACUUGAAGACACAGCGACGAAUCUGGCUGCAGUCCGAGGGCCUCCACAGAGCUCUACUGGAGAUGAUUCAGGACCACACUGCUAGGAAGGCACAUGCCGCAGUAACACCUGACGAGAACAUGUUUUACGAGACAAUGGAGAGGUGCCUUCUUGUAGCCAAGUGUGCGAAAUUGCUGGAUCCAAGCAACACGACGGAGAAGGAUAAGCCCUCCAUUCUGGGUUUGACCCCCCAACAAGUCAUGGAGCUCAUGCCUUCUGAGAAUAAUAUACAAAAAAUGAAAGCGACUCUACCUGGAGCCCUGGAGGAACACCUCAAGAAAAAAUGUUGCAGUUUUCUCUCCUACUAUGAACCGGAAUGGGAUGAUCAGAGCGAAUCUCUGAAGCUCAGCAAGUUUUCUCAUCUGCCGGCAAAACUUCAAGACGAUCAGAAAAAGGCUGCGGCUCUGGAGGAAAGCACCCGUGAAAAGAAAGUUCUCAUCCAAAGGGUGACAGAACAGUACCUCUCUGAGAUGACAAAGUGUGUCCAGAUCAUGCAGUCUUUCAUCUUGGAAAACCAUUUGAAGGUCCAGGCUGAUUUGGAUAAGAUGAAUUUAGACUAUCUUGAGGGCAAAUGUGAAUUAUCCUUGCAAAAGAUCAUGGCUGAGAUAGCUGCGAUUAGGCUGGAAACGUACACCCCUGACACCAUUUCUGCCCACAAAGAAAUAAGAAAACAUCUGGAGUCGGAGCUGAGCACCUACCGAGAGGAGAAACGGUCUAUGGAGUUGAAGUUGUCCUCCUUCGAGGUCUUGGGCAAGGAUUUUGAGGCCCUGGUUGAAGAGUAUGGCAAGAUACGAGAGGAAAUUGAACUGAAAAACUGGGCUAUAGAGGAAUUAUCCAAGUUCAAUGAAAAAUAA